AUGGGGAAGCUCGAGGACAACGAGAGGGUGAUCCUCAACGUCGGGGGCACCAGGCACGAGACCUACCGGAGUACCCUGAAAACGCUGCCGGGCACCCGGCUGGCUCUGCUCGCCUGCCAGUCCCAAGGCGACUCCCCUGGCGGCGGAGAGGAGCACCAUCAGCCGCCGCUUCUGCCCGCCCCCAACCCGGCGCCCAACCCUGGAGGUGGCGGCGGCGGCGGCCCCUUGGAUGCUGUGGGCGGGAGCGGCUGGAGUUCGCGCGCCAAUGGCGGUGGCGUCACACGUGGCGGGAGCGGCGCGUGCUGCGAAUUCUUCUUCGACCGCCACCCUGGGGUCUUCGCCUACGUGCUCAACUACUACCGCACCGGGAAGCUGCAUUGCCCCGCCGACGUGUGCGGGCCGCUCUUCGAGGAAGAGCUGGCGUUCUGGGGCAUCGAUGAAACCGACGUGGAGCCCUGCUGCUGGAUGACCUACAGGCAGCAUCGCGACGCUGAGGAGGCGCUGGACAUCUUCGAGGCGCCCGACCUGAUCACCGGCGAGCCGCCUGGCGACCCCGACGACGACGAGUUAGCCGCCAAGCGCUUGGGCAUCGAGGACGUAGGGGCCUUGGGCGCCUCCUCGUCUUCCUCCGCUAACGGUUCUCCUCUCGACGGCAAGGGCGGCCGCUGGAAGAGGCUCCAACCGCGCAUGUGGGCACUCUUCGAGGACCCCUACUCUUCCCGCGCCGCCAGGUUCAUUGCUUUUGCCUCUUUAUUCUUCAUCCUGCUUUCGAUUACCACCUUUUGCCUGGAAACCCAUGAAGCAUUUAAUACCAUCAAAAAUAAAACUGAACCUAUCAAAGGUAGUGAGCCAGUUCUGCAGUAUGAAAUAGAGACAGAUCCAGCUCUAACAUAUGUUGAAGGAGUCUGUGUGGUGUGGUUUACAUUUGAGUUUUUAGUCCGUGUUGUUUUUUCACCCAACAAACGUGAAUUCAUAAAAAAUCUCUUGAAUAUCAUUGACUUUGUGGCAAUUUUGCCUUUCUAUCUAGAAGUGGGUCUGAGUGGGCUCUCCUCUAAAGCUGCUAAGGAUGUGCUUGGUUUCCUCAGGGUGGUGAGGUUUGUGAGAAUAUUGCGAAUCUUCAAGCUCACUCGACAUUUUGUUGGCCUCAGGGUGCUUGGUCAUACACUCCGUGCGAGCACCAAUGAGUUUUUGCUGCUGAUAAUAUUUUUGGCAUUAGGAGUGUUGAUAUUUGCCACCAUGAUCUAUUAUGCUGAGCGAAUAGGUGCCAAACCCAAUGACCCAUCAGCUAGUGAACACACAGAGUUCAAAAACAUCCCCAUUGGUUUUUGGUGGGCUGUGGUCACCAUGACUACUCUUGGAUAUGGAGACAUGUAUCCAAAGACUUGGUCAGGCAUGCUAGUGGGUGCUCUGUGUGCUUUAGCUGGAGUGCUGACCAUAGCCAUGCCUGUGCCUGUUAUUGUCAACAAUUUUGGAAUGUACUAUUCUCUGGCCAUGGCGAAACAGAAGCUUCCAAGAAAGAGAAAGAAGCACAUCCCACCUGCUCCUCAGGCAAGGUCCCCUACAUUUUGCAAGACAGACUUGAAUAUGGCCUGCAAUAGCACACAGGGAGAAGUCUGUCUUGGCAAAGACAACCGGCUGAUGGAACAUAAUAAAUCAGUGUUAUCAGGUGAAGACAGUACAGAAAGUGAGCAGCCACUGUCGCCUAUGGAAAGGCCCCCACCAAUCAGACGCUCUAGUACCAGAGACAAAAACAGAAGAGGGGGAACAUGUUUUCUGCUGACAGCAGGUGAUUACCCGUGUGCUACUGAUGGAGGGAUCAGGAAAGUGUUAUACAGAAUUUAUCAUGGAUUUUUGACUGCUGAAAAAGGGACAAUGGAAUUUAGCCAUACCAAGGACUGUACUGGAAAGAGAUUGCUCCUCCUGAAUGGGCCCUGAUCAUCACCUAACGCCUUGAAGAGAUUCUUCUAAUUUCCUAUAGAAGUGGAGCUUGUUAUGAGGAUUAAGGACCAAUUUCAACUGCUGCUGCCAGCAGAUGCAGUUAUUAGUCACUAUUGAUGAGUCAACUGUAAAUACGAUGUGUGUGCAUGGAAUAACAGUUUUAGUCAUCUAUGCCAAGGGAUGCUGCAUUGGAAGACAUCCUCUCUGAGACCCCAUGAAAAAAGACCAACACAACUCUUUGUGUAUUCUUCUUGGUCCCUACAACAGACCAUACUGCGGAUCAUAAAAGGCACACAAUUUAACAAUAGUGAUGUAAGCACUCUCUGUCAUAGGUUUCCUCAUAACAAUUGUAUUUUUGCAAAGUUUGUAACUUAAGAACAUUAAUGUCAUAGGAUUUUGCAAAAAGUCUUUGCACUCUCAGUUUGCUGUGUCUAUAUUUUUAUGAAUCCUAGUGAAUGUGCCAACAUAUGGUUUACUUUUGAUCUGGAUCAGAGAUGUGUGAUUGCAGGUGAAAGUAGUAAGAAGAAAAAAAAAUCACAGACUUUGCCCAGAAUUGUAUACUUGCUUUUUGUUGUUGUUUUGAUUUACUUCAUUGUUACCUCAUAG